ACAUUUUUUAAUUUGUAUAUUAACUUUAGCAAGCACAGAAUGAGAACGGGUGAGAGGCAAGUACAACAGUUACACACACACACACAUUGUCUAAGCGUGAAGCACUUUUCAAAAUCUCCGCAAACUUAACCGUGACGCAAUGAGGCAGAUUAGUAUAUAUCGAUUUUUCUGCUGAAAACAACACCUACAUAACGCUCCACCGAGUAUGUACAGAGCCACAGCCCGAACAACGAACCAGUCGAUCAGUCGAUUGCUGCAGAAUAAAAGUCCUACGAAUGCCCGAGCACUUUCACGACGCACCAUGACUGUUGAAAGAAGAGCCGCUGCCACUCAAUGGUGCAACAAAGCAACCCCAAAGAUCUACCAGCGCGUUUUUACCACUCGUCCCACGUUGAAAACAAUAACAACAACCUUUCGUAACAUGGCAACAGUUACCACUGAAACUGCUGCGCCGUACAAACAAUCGCCUUUUGUUCAAUGGAAACUCUUUCCCGACUUUGAGCGAUUGUUGGGCGAAUGCAAACCAGAACAGGCGAUUCCCGUAUUUGAAGGAUUGAUUGCUGCAGCACGCGAUCAGUUUUUGACAUUGGAGGAGCAGUUUAAGCCCACGUUUGAAGGAACUAUUGGACAAUUAUCCGAGCUUGAAGAUGAAAUAUCACGCGCAUAUGGCAUUCUGUCACACUUGAACGGUGUCAAAAACUCUCCUGAAUUGCGUGAAACGCUCGAGAAGAUUCAGCCUGAAUUCGUCAAAUUAGGCUUGCUGAUGAACCAGUCCGUUCCAAAGUACAACGCACUGGAAGCAUUGAAGGAGUCGGAUGAGUGGAACAAGUUGGAUAAGGUACAGCAACGCAUUGUAGACAAGACACUGCGUGGUAUGAAGAACGCUGGUAUUGGGUUCCCUGAAAAGUCGCCCGAAAAGAAGCGCUUUAACGAGAUCUCGGAGCGACUCUCGCAGCUGUCGCUCUCUUUCAACAACAACGUGCUGGAUGCGACAAAGGCGUAUAAGCAUGUAGUAAAGGAUCGUGCUGAACUGGAAGGCUGCUCAGAAGCAUUCUUGGAAACGCUAAAGAAGAAUGGAGAGCGACUGGGUGAGACGGAGGGCUACUGCAUUACGCUCGACUACCCUAUCUAUGGACCGUUUAUGAUGAACUGCAGCAACCGUGCUUUACGCGAGGAGGUCUACAAAGCAAACAUUACCAAAGCGUCGGUAGGUGCAAUGGACAACGAACCAGUCAUCAAUGAGAUCCUGUCUCUGCGACGGGAGAAAGCCAGUUUACUGGGUUACAAGUCGCAUGCGGAUUUGUCCCUUUCAGUGAAGAUGGCCGAGAAAGUUGAAUCGGCCCAGACCUUAGUUGACAGGCUGUUUGACGCAUCUGUCGGAAAUGCACAAAAAGAGGUUGAACAAUUAACGCAGUUUGCAGCUACCAAACUUGGCAUGGCAACAACAACCCCGCUGUCGCCCUGGGACACGGGCUACGUCUCUGAACAAUACCGCAAGGAGCUGUUCAAGUACGACGAGGAGACCAUCUCGCAGUACUUUGCGUUCCCCAAGGUGCUCCAGGGCCUGUUUGACGUGGCGAAUGAGGUGCUGGGGAUCCAGGUGCGGGAAUUGGGUUUGGCCGAGUUGGAAGCAAGCAACAUUACAAGGUGGCACGACGAUGUCAAGGUUUUUGAAGUGUCCGAGAAAGGUCAAAUCAAGGCGUAUUUCUAUGGCGACUUUUAUUCAAGACCCUCGGAGAAGCGGAGUGGUGCAUGGAUGGAUACUGUAACGACGCGCACGAAGCAUCUGGAUGGUCAAGUAACGUUGCCUGUUGGUAAGUUUCGUCCUUCUUUUGUUAUUCAUUUGUCCCCCUCAAGUUUUUGCUCUCUUCAUGUGUUGUCUCCUUCAUCGCUCGUCGUUUUAGCAUACCUUAUAUGCAACCAACCGUCGCCGCAGUCGCAGGAUGAACCCUCCUUGAUGAAGUUUAGAGACGUCGAGACCUUGUUUCACGAAUUUGGUCACUGCCUGCAACAUAUGAUGACCCGUGUAGAGUACCCUGACGCUUCUGGCAUCAAUGGUAUUGAAUGGGACUUUGUAGAGGUCGCGUCACAGUUCAUGGAGAACUUUUGCAGCGAGCCGGAAUGGCUUGAGCGCCUUUCGGGCCACUACAAGACAGGGGAAGCCAUGCCUCACGACAUGGUUGACGCACUCGUCAAGGGUCGUGAGUUCCUGAGCGGUAUGGCGAUGCUACGACAGCUUCAUUUCGCCAAGGUUGACCUCGCGCUGCAUUCCACGUUCACACCACCCAAAUCAUCCUCGGAGAGAUCCGUGUUUGACGUGGACGCAGAGAUCGCCAAAGAUACAACGCUCGUUCCGCGGCUGCCAGAGGAUCGGUUCCUCUGUAGUUUUAGUCACAUCUUUGGUGGUGGAUACAGUGCAGGUUACUACAGUUACAAAUGGUCCGAAACUUACUCAGCAGAUGCGUACGCAGCCUUUGAAGAAGCAGCGCGUCGUGGGGGCAAACAGGCCAUCUCAGAAAUUGGAGCACUGUAUCGUGACACCGUCCUGGCACUUGGGGGUGGAACGCCGCCAAACGAAGUUUGGAAACUGUUUCGAGGCCGGGGUAACGUAGAUGUCAGCGCAUUGUUGCGACACACUGGAUUGCUAGCUCAGAAAUAAAAAGUAUCAUCUUGACGCAAUAGAAGGGGCAAUAACUACUACCGAGUAAUAAUACGUUGACAACAGA